CGCCCCCCCAGCGGUGACUCAACAGGGCGUGGAGGCUGGUCCCGCAGCGGCGGCGGCGCAGCCCUCGCCCUCCCCCCGCGGCAGCCACCGGAGCCGGCAGGCACAGCCCAGCCCAGCGCACUCAUUGUUCCGCUAGCUCCGGGCACCAUGGACGAGCUGGACCAGUCCCCCCUGGUCUCCUCCUCCUCCGGGCCAGCGCGGCCGCAGCAGCCCCAGUUCAAGUACCAGUUCGUGCUGGACGACGAGAAAGACGAGGAGGAGGAGGAAGAGGAAGAGGAGGACGAGGACUUCGACGAGCAGCUGGAGGUGAUGGAAAGGAAGCCGGCCGCGCCGCCCGCCGCCGCCCUGCCCGAGCGGCCGCCGCAGCUGCUGAACCUCGGCGGCCCCACCGAGCUUCCUCUCCCCGCCGCCGCCCCGGAGCCGCCGCCGUCCGACCGGAGCCCCCCGGGGGCCGUCUCCUCCUCCUCCGCCGCCGCCACGCCGUCCCCCGCGCAGGAGCAGCCGCUGGCCCCCGCCCGGCCCGCUCAGCCCGAGCCCAUCCUCGGCGGCCCCCGCAGAAAGGGGUCCUCCUCCGGCUCGGCCGAUGAGACCCUUUUUGCUCUUCCCGCUACAUCUGCGCCUCUGAUGCACUCCUCUGCAGAAAAAAUUCUGGACUUGCAGGAGCAGCCAGGUAGCACUAAGUCACUUGGUCAAGAGGAUUUUACUGCAGUCCCGCUUGUCACUGCUGCUACUCUUCCUUCCCUCUCUUCUUUCUCAGCUGAUCCCUUUAAAGAACACACAGCCUUUGAUGCACUCUCAGAUGGAUUACCUGCAAGAGGCAUUUACAAAGAAAAUGCAAGUGAGGUUUAUAAAGAAACUACAGAAAAUGCAAGAAAUCCGUUUCUCACAGACAGAAAAGAAAAAGACAUUUCAGAGGUGAAAUACUCAGAAAUGGAAUCUCCGUUCGCUAAAGCGGAAGCAGCCAUUUUAUCUCAAGCUAAGGAAGAAAUACAGCUAGAGGGCCCUAAAGAAUUACCUAAUCUAGAGAAAAUGCCUGCACAGCAACUGGAUAUGUCUCCAGAAACUCCUGAAGAUUUGUUCGAGAAAAAUGAGGAAGAUGCCUGUUAUAACAAAGAGAAAUACGGAGUUGGUGAUGAUGGUGAAAAAGGGGCACUGAAAGAAGACACUCUUAGAAGGGAAGAAUAUGUAGACUUCAAACCGUUUGAGCCGAUAUGGGAAGUAAAAGGUGCUAGUCAUGGACUUAGCAGCUUGAAAGAGGAUGUCGAAAGUAAGAUGGAUGGCAAAUUAGAAAGCAGUUUAGAUGAGAAAUAUGGUGUAGAUAAGAUAUCUGUACAGAAGGAUUAUGAAAAAGAGAGUGAAGGCAGCGCUGAAGAUCUCUCUUUCCCAAGUACCCCAGAAGCUAUAAAAGAUUCUUUGCAGGCUUACAUCACUUGUAAUAAAUCUGAAUCCCCUGUAACUCCUGAUGGUAACAAAAUCAAAUCUCUUUCUCCACUAGAGGAAGGCACUUCAGAGAAUAAAACUGACGAUGAGAAAAAAAUUGCAGAAAUGAAAGCUCAGAUCAGCACAGAACAAGGUGAUUUUAGCACUCAAGCAGUUGGCAAGCAGGAAGGACAGGAAGCUGACUAUGCUAAAACAGAUAGUUUAUCAACAGUGCCAUCUGACACUGCAGCAAAUAUGCCUGAAGGUCUUACUCCUGAUCUAGUGCAAGAAGCAUAUGAAAGUGAAAUGCAUGAUGCAGCAUGUACAAAACUUGCUUAUGAAACAAAGAUUGAUUUAGUUCAAACCUCUGAGUCAGUGCAAGAGACUCCGAAGCCCGUGACACAACUCUGUCCCUCAUUUGAAGGGUCUGAAGCUGCCCCAUCACCCAUAUUGCCUGAUAUUGUUAUGGAAGCCCCAUUAAAGACUGGGACUGCUGGUGUAGAAGCAUCUGCUGUGCAGCUUGAAGCUUCCCCAUUAGAAACAUUUAUUCCUACUGCUAAUUAUGAGAAUGUAAAACAGGAGACCAGUAAACCUCCCCUAUACCAAGAGGCAGUGAAUGUACCAUUGAUGCAGACACAAGAAGCUAAGGAGGAAGUAACAUUUAAAAAAACUGAUCAUGAGAGUAGUGCUAGUCCUCAAGAUAUAGAGACUCCUUAUAUAUCUAUUGCAUGUGACUUAAUUAAAGAAACAAAGGUCUCUGGUGAAUCUGCUUCUCCAUCCUUUACAGAUUAUUCAAAGACAUUGAUAACAGAAUGUGUUUCUCAGGAUGUGCCUGAACACAAAGAAUUUGUUGAAAAGCUGUCUCCCCAGUCUGGGAAGUCUGACUUGUUUAAUAGCCAGGUGAUACCUGAGUUUCCUCAGAAAGAAAGUGAAGAUCCGUCUCUUGUCUUAAAAAAUAAAUCAGCUGAGGCUAUUAUAACUGAUGAUGAACGUGAGGAAGAACUGAUGGAUUCGGUAGCUGCCACUGGCAAGCCUUAUCUUGAGUCUUUCCAACCCGAACUGGACUCUUCCAGAAUUACUACUGCUUUACCGUCUGAGCCAACGCCUACAAAAAUAGCCAAGGCAGAGACGAUUCCUCUUCAAAUGGAAGAGCUGAAUACGGUGGCCUAUUCAGCUGAUACAUCUGUUGUUAAGGAACCAAAAACGGGAGACAAGAAGAGUCUCUCACCCAUGGAGUCUUCCCCAGUCCCAGUGACAGAAGACUUUGUGAUGUUAGCUGAUCCUAAAACUGUUCCUGAGUUUGUGGCAGAAACCCCUGACAGAGAAAUAAUGUACAAAGAUGAAAGUGAAGAGAUCAGUAAUGUGAUUGAAGAUGAGAAGAAGCAGAUGCCUUGCCCAGAGCUACCUUGUGAUCUGUCUAUAAAGAAUGUAGAAGUAAAAUCUGAAGAAGAUACUAAUUUCCUGAAGAAGUCCUUGGAGGCUGUGGACAAAGUGCCUGAAGUAUCCAUGGUGCCCUUACUGGCCACAGAUGUCUCAUCUUCACCUGCUGAAAAAGAGAUAGUCAGUGUAGUAAAACCAGAAGCUUUUGAGAAGGAAGCUGAGAGAGGAGCUGCUUCUAUUAAGGAAAAGGAAAAAUCUACUGCUUUAUUUUCAGCAAAGCUGAAUAAAUCUUCAGUUGUUGACCUCCUUUACUGGCGAGACAUUAAGAAGACAGGAGUGGUGUUUGGUGCCAGCUUGUUCCUGCUGCUUUCAUUAACAGUGUUCAGCAUCGUGAGUGUGACAGCUUACAUUGCCUUGGCCCUGCUCUCUGUGACGAUCAGCUUUAGGAUAUACAAGGGAGUUAUCCAGGCAAUCCAAAAGUCUGAUGAAGGCCAUCCAUUUAGGGCUUACCUGGAAUCUGAUUUAGCUGUGUCUGAAGAGCUUAUUCAGAAAUACAGUAAUGUUGUGCUUGGUCACAUUAAUGGCACAGUCAAAGAGCUGAGACGCCUCUUCCUAGUCGAUGAUCUAGUUGAUUCUCUGAAGUUUGCAGUGUUGAUGUGGGUAUUCACUUACGUAGGUGCCUUGUUUAAUGGUCUGACAUUACUGAUACUGGCUUUGAUUUCGCUCUUCAGUGUUCCUGUUAUUUAUGAGAGACAUCAGGCCCAAAUUGAUCAUUAUUUGGGACUAGUGAACAAGAAUGUCAAAGAUGCGAUGGCUAAGAUCCAAGCAAAGAUCCCUGGGUUGAAGCGCAAAACUGAAUAAAAAUUCUGAAGCAACUUAUCGAUAGGAAGUUCAUCUUUUAAGGGGGAAAAUACUCAUCUGGAUUUACAUGGGGAGGGUCAGGGAAUAGCAAAACCCUUGACAUUGCAGUGCAAUUUCACAGAUCUUUAUUUUUUAGCAACGCAGUGUUUGAGGAAAAAUAACUGUUUUGACUGCCAUGUGUUUCAUCAUCUUAAGUAUUGUAAGCUGCUAUGUAUGGAUUUAAAACUAAUCAUCUUUCUUUAUCCUGUGUGCAGCACUGGCUAAUACAAAAGAUUUGAGAAAGCUGUACAUUUUGCUUCAUCAGAGGUAGUCCCUGCUGCGUUCAAGAAGAGGUAGUGCAGGUGGAUUGGAGGGUAACACUUCCCAGUUUGUGCACUGUGUAUGGUCUGUGUAGAUUGAUGCAGAUUUUCUAAAAUGAGAUGUUUUAGAAGAAUAUACCAUUUUAGCAAGUUUUGAAAAAUCUUGCCUUUUUGGUAUGAGUAUAGCUGUAUUGUGAUUUUAUUGUUUUAUCAAUUGCCUAUAUAUAUAUAUAUAUAUGUGUUUCACAAAGCUUAGAUCUUUCAGCUGCUCUUCAGUGCUUCAUACUUCAGAGAAUUGACUGAUUUCUGGACUAGCUCCAUAGCACACAAGCUUGAAAAAUUAAAAUGUCUCUGUAAACACUAUGAUUUGUUUAAAAGAAAAAGGAAUGGACAAAGGAACCUCCACGUACAUUUAAAAAAAAAAUAAAUUACAGCAUACACUUUGCACAAGCAUACAGUAGUUGAUUUUAAAUAAAUACUUACACAGUCUCUCAAACUCUGAUAAUCUGUGGACCGAAUAUCUAAGGCCGCAACUGUUGUUUGGAAACUUAAAACCUUGUAAUGCAGGAAAUUAUAAAUGAAAAUUUAUACACUUGCAGUUUAAGCUGUAUUGAACUAAGUCUGUGGAAUGCAUUGUGAAAUGUAAAAAAAAAAGAAAAAAAAACAACCAAAAAACAAAAAAACCCAAGUAUCAAUAAAGCUUAUAGACAUAAAAUAA